GCAGGGGCUGGGAGGCAGGAGUGACAUCUGGGAAGCUAUUUCCCCGGGAGGUGACGCACAAAGAGUUUAAUUGCGCGGCGACUUUACCCUUCUCCACCCGAGGAGCUGCUGUCACUUCUCCUCCAAUCUCUGCUGCAUGAGCAGCAGCCUGUGAACAGGGAGGAGAGAGAUCCCAUCGUCACACCCACCGCCUGCCUCCUCCCUCUCCUGCUGCUGUUGCUUGCUUCCUGGAGCUUGGGACAUUGUUUAACAACAAUCACUGUGGGGGAACUUGGAUGAUCAGGGAAGGACCAGGGAGGCUGACUGCUCCCCAGUCCCCUCCAGCACCCAGUGCCUCUCCCUGAAUCCCAGGCUGGACCAUGCAGUGCUUCUGGAGACAACCCAAACACAGCAAAUCCCAGGACAACUUCUUGCAGGAGCAGAGCAAUAGAGUGGCAACGCAGAAUGGCAUCAGACUGGGCCUGCAAGAUGACAGGGAUCUGAUAUUCCUCCUGAAGGGCAGCCAGCUGCUGAAAGUGAAGUCCAGCUCUUGGAGAAAGGAGAGGUUUUACAAGCUCCAGGAAGACUGCAAAACUAUAUGGCAGGAAUCCAAGAAGAUGCUGAGGUCUCCAGAAUCACAGCUCUUCUCCAUUGAAGAUAUUCGGGAUGUGAGGCCCGGUCACAUGACAGAGGGGAUGGAAAAGUACGCCAAAGAUGUCCCUGAGCAUCGCUGUUUUUCCAUCAUCUUUAAAGACCAACGGAAAAACCUGGAUCUUAUUGCCAGUUCUGAAGAUGAUGCCAACCACUGGACUGCAGGCCUGAAGAAAAUCAUAGCCAAGAACAAUUCCAUGAGCCAGAGGCAGAAACUCCAACACUGGAUUCACUCCUGCUUGCGGAAAGCCGAUAAGAACAAAGACAACAAGAUGAGCUUUAAAGAGCUCAAGAGCUUCCUGAAAGAAGUGAACAUUCAAAUGGAUGACAGUUAUGCCAAGCAGAUCUUUCAGCAGUGUGACAAAUCCAAGACAGAGACCUUGGAAGAUGAGGAGAUAGAGACAUUUUACAAGAUGCUGACUGAGCGGGCGGAGAUAGACGGGAUCUUCGCAAAAUACUCCAGUGCCGAAGGGAUCAUGUCCAGGGACAACCUGCUGAGGUUCCUCCGAGAAAAGCAGCGGGAGGAGGAUGCUGUCCCUGAAUCUGCACUCUCCCUGAUCGAGAGAUAUGAACCCAACGAAAUAGCCAAGAAACAACAGAUCAUGACCAAAGAUGGUUUCCUGAUGUAUCUGCUGUCUGCUGAGGGGAACAUAUUCAACUCCUCUCACUGUAAAGUUUACCAGGACAUGACUCAGCCCCUCAGUCACUACUUCGUGUCGUCGUCACACAAUACCUAUCUAAUGGAAGACCAGAUCAGAGGGCCCAGUAGCACAGAGGCCUAUAUCAGAGCCCUGACCAAAGGCUGCCGCUGUGUGGAGCUGGACUGCUGGGAUGGUCCUAACUCAGAGCCUGUCAUUUAUCAUGGCUACACACUCACCUCCAAGAUCCUCUUCAGUGACGCCAUAAAGGCCAUCAAGAACUAUGCUUUCAAAACCUCUCCAUACCCGGUAAUCAUUUCCUUGGAGAACCACUGUAGCCUGGAACAGCAGAAGAUGAUGGCUCAGCACAUGAAGACAAUCCUAGGGGACAUGCUGCUGGUAAUGCCAGUUGAUGGAAAUACAUCAGACUUCCCCUCGCCGGAGCAAUUAAAGGGAAAGAUCCUUGUGAAGGGAAAGAAGUUGAACAGCCUGGAGGAAACCAUAGGGAUGAACGGGAACAGUGGCAUAGAGGCUGAAGAUGUCUCCGAUGAGGAUGAAGCAGCCGAAAUGGAAGAUGAGUCUGUGAAGAAGGAGGUAGAGCAGAAGAGGACGAGCGUCAAAUUAAAGCUGGCCAAGGAGUUAUCAGACAUCGUCAUCUACUGCAAGAGCGUCCACUUCCAGGGCUUCGACAACACCAUCUCCCCCCGCGCCUUCUACGAGAUGUCGUCCUUCACUGAGAGCAAAGCCCAGAAACUGGCGCAGGAGUCAGGAACCAGUUUUAUUCAUCACAACGUCAGGCAUUUGAGCCGGGUCUAUCCUGCUGGCUGGAGGACAGAUUCUUCCAACUAUAACCCAGUUGACUUGUGGAACGUUGGCUGUCAGAUCAUUGCCUUGAAUUUCCAGACGCCAGGCCCAGAAAUGGAUGUUUACCAGGGUCGAUUCCAGGACAAUGGGUUUUCUGGAUAUGUCCUAAAGCCACGCUUCCUUCGGGACAAGCAAUCCAAAUUCAAUCCAAAAUCCAUCACAGAAGGAGCCUGGUGGAUGCGGAAGAAACUUCAGAUUAAAAUCAUCUCCGGCCAGCAGCUGCCCAAGGUGAACAAAAGCAAAAACUCCAUCGUCGAUCCAAGGGUGACGGUCGAGAUCCAUGGGGUCCAGCGGGACAAUGGCAAGAAACAAACCAAAGUCAUUGAAAACAACGGCUUCAACCCAAAGUGGGAUGAAGAGUUUGGAUUUGACAUUGACGUCCCCGAACUCGCUCUGGUCCGUUUUGUGGUGGAAGACUUUGAUGUAUCAACCAAAAAUGACUUCAUUGGACAGUUCACCAUCCCCUUUACCUGUCUAAAGCAAGGCUACCGCCACAUUCAUCUUUUGACCAAGAAUGGGGACCCAUACCCAUCAGCCAUGCUUUUUGUGCACAUCAAUAUUCUGGACAAUAAUUAGAAACAGCAGAGGAACCCAUCUUUCAAGAAUCAAUGGACACUGCUACAGACUAAAAAUGAACCGAAAUCUGCCCUCAUCCCUACCCUGUGCAAUCCCCAGUGGCUUCUCUGGGUUUGGGAGGGGUAUCAGUCAGUGCAGCCUGACUCCCGUGCUGCUAAAAAUACCUUUAUUCUGUACACACCCUCCAUUCAUUAUGCUGAAAAUAUUCUGACACUGCUGUUGAGAUUUUGUUAAUAAGACUAUUCAACACGUUUUGAUUUUUAAUGAAUGGUCAUUCUUCUUUUACUCCUAUUUUUAUAGAGCAGUUUAGGGAUUUUAAAUGAAUUUUAGAUUAGUGAGGGGUGUUGUGUUUGUUCAAUGGAAGGCAGAUGUGACACUUGCAUCCUUGUCAUUGUAAAGGUGCACAUCCAAACUUUGUAUAAGCAAUAUAUGGUGGACAAAUAAGCCCUGAUCCAAAGGCCAGUGAAGUCAGUGGACAAACACCUGUUGGCUUCAGAUCAGGCCCAUACUCCACUCUUUUAAAUCCUAAAUUCAGACACAGUUCUGUCCUCUUUAUUACAGUAUAAAAAGCUACACUACAAAGAUCACCUUUAUUUUGUAAUAUGAUGAAAAAUACAUGAACACUACUCCACUGAUGUGCUAUUUGCAUCCAGCAUGAACAGGGCUGAGUCACAUUCUUCAAAGGAAAGAAGAAGUUGUAAGUGUGGGGAAUUCUUUUUUAAACACAGGAUGACCACAGAGACUUAAUUUCACGGAAGACAAUGUAAGUGUAUUAAACUGAACGUAUGAAAGGUUGUUGUUUUUAAAUACAGUCUGUAAAACGUUUUCAGUGUGUAUGGAAAACAUCUUUUUGAAGAAGGAGAAGCUGAGAAAAAGGCAGUAGAAAGAAUAAUUUUAAAUGUUUAUCUGGUUAUUAUUUCACUGGAUGGAACUGAACAUCACAGCACAGUAAAAAUAGACAGCAGCUCUCUGAACAUGAAACCAGUAAGGUGUGUGGGUUGUUUUGUUUUUUCCAAAAUACAGCUACAGAGCUAGAGGAAUAAUGUAGAGAGAAAAUAAUAUAUUUUCAAAAAUUGUCCACACUUGUGUUACUGAUCAUACUUCAGACUAUUAAAAACGGAAGCAUUCUGAAAAAAUAGCUGAUUUAUUUUUCAUCCUUUCUCCUCUUUUGUUACUUCUUGUAAUGCAGGCGGGAAGAAUGUAAGUCUUGUCUGUUUCAUCGUCCAUAUUUAGUCAGUUUCACUUUGUUCUAAUGCAUGACACAAUAAGAGGCACAAAGCAAUUGGGUGAAGGAAAGAUGUCAGUGUCUCUUUGAGUCCUGUUCCACUCACUCCCCCACGCUCCCUUGGCCCAAACUAGCCCAGGUGAGUGACUUUUAGCCAACACAACAAAACCCCUCUAUUCACUAGGGCUUCUGGUGGAAGAUGUAUUUUGCUGCAGUAUUUGCUAGCAGCUAUGUUAACCUUUCUUCUGGACACACUGCUGUUGGCUGGUGUUCUAAACCAUUAACUGUUUGAUUGUUGUUUGGGGGACUUAGACUUUGUGUCUAAUCAUUAAAAAUACCCAGCCAAACCCUUACUUUAAAUUAGUUACUGGCAGCUAAGGGAGCACAAGUGCUAGCGACAGCAGUACAAGCAGGUAAGAUAUAGUUCAUCAUAGCCUUGUUUUCUACAAACGUAGUAUAUUGCUACAAGAGCUAACGGCUUCUUAGCACAAGGGCUCUUUGAUAGCACGCACUCACGCUAUAGAGCACUCUCUGGUCAGGAAUACCCUGAUCGCACACUAUGCUUUCCCUAGCUGCUUACCAAAACUUCCCAGAGCAUAGGCCCAUGAUUCAUUUUUAUAGUCUUGCGGCAAUCAAGAGGGCACCUGGGGAAACCCAGGUGCCUCUUAUAAAAGAGGCUGCAAACUACCUGCUCAGGUCUUUGGAAUCCAUCUUAGCCCUAAACAAACCCCUCUAUAGCAUAACCUUCCCUUUUAGCCAGAGGACACAGAGUGUUGUUUUUGGAGCAGAUAGAGCAGGACUUCCAUGCUGGCGUCCUGUAGCACGUGGAUUUGUUAGAAACUGGCAGCCGACUCUUGUGUUUUACCUCUGAGGAAGUUCAGACGCCAGGUGUGUGUUGUGGAACUGCUGGGGAGCAGGAGUGUUGGUUCAGAAAAAAAAUCAGUGGUGAGACAGAGCUGCCUCUGAAUCCCUGCUUUCGCCUUCCUGAUGAGGCUCUGGCUGCUUGUGAGGGGUUCGUGGGCUGGUCCCAUCCUAGAGGGGGGCCAGGAUCAGGGGUGACUCACCAAUAGCCGGCCUGGGGCAUCUCUGCUUUCUUUGCACUCAGCAUUGGCCCAGGCUGUGGUGGCUACUUUCUAUUUGGCUGGCCAGAGGCUGCUUGAGACAAUCUGCCAUCCCCGUCUUCAUGGGCUUGGGGCAGUGCAUUUGGCAUGGUUGCCCCUCUAGCAUGAGGCCAAAAAAUUGCCAGGCCAAAUUUAAGUGAGUGGCAUUGCGACCUGGUGCACAGGGUCACAGCGCCACGCAAAUUUGGCCCGGCUGCCUCUCUCUCAUGUCGGAGGGAAAACCAGGCCAAAUCUGCUGCUUAAAGUAGCUGCCUAAAAGUCAGAGGGGAACCAAGGUCCUGGGAGGGGCAACUGCUCCCCUGUGCCACAGCUAAUGAGGCCCCUAUUGGGGAGCGAGUAAUGUACUGGCACUGGGUUUGGUUGUCAUGGUUCGUGCUAGUGACAUGAGCGAAAAACCUCUCUGUGCCUCAGUUUCUCAUUUGUAAAACAGGGAUCAUGAGACUUUACCUUGGUUGUAAAGUGCUCUGAGCCGACAAGUGCUCUGUAAGCACAACAUGCCUGGAUCUGUGUGCCCCCCCUGCAAACGCUCCUUCAUCACAGUAACUCGUACUCAACAAGCCAUCCCACGGACUCCAGUGGGGUUACGCGUGUGAGGCAGACGUUGCAGGAUCUGGCCCCAGUGAAUAACUUUUUGAUGUGUAGUGGGGGCUAGACUCCCAAGGGGGCCCGAGGUGUUGCAGCGCUCAGCACCCUGCCGCCUAGUGGAAUUUGCAACCCCAAGUCAGACACCCAGGUUCCUUUUACCAUGCAUGGGGGAGAGUGAGGUGCCUAAAAGGGAUUCAUAGAUGCCAACCUGCUGAGGGGGGAGCUGCCUAAGCUAGCUAAUAGGAAGUGCUGAGGAGAGGGAGGGGGCUGACAUCCCACCCCUCAAAGGGAGUUAGGCAACUAACUCCAGGCCAGAGGGAGGUGUCUACCUCUGCUAAACCAGGCUAGCCCUUCAUCAAGGCAAACCAAGGAGAAGAUAGAGGUGCCCCAUACCCAAUGCCCCACUGACUGGAGCUCUCAACCAGACUGUGGGAGACCCCAAGUUCAAAUCCCAGCUUUGACGCUGAGCCAGGACUUGAACCCACAUCUCCUAUCUCCCAGGCGAGGGCCCUGACCGCUGGGCUGUAACGUUGGUCUUGGACCCUCUCGCUAUUGAAUUAUUUAUACAAAGUGGCACAGUUUCAGCAGCAGAAAUUGAGAGCCCCCCCGCAGAAUACCCUGCUACAGGCACCACAGCUGUGGUUUGUGGGGGCCCCAGUCGAGAUGUGCUCUGAGACUCCUGAGGACCCCCCACCCCCGCAGCCAAAGGCAAUCUGUGCGGGGAGAAGCCUAGUUUGUGCAUCCAGCUGGGGCUUAGAGGUGAGUUGGGCACUGAGCUGCCAAGUGGUUUCAGGACGUAGGUGGCUUUGCACCUGCCCACCAGCAGAAAAGUAGGCACCAUGGGGACUUUACCGACAGAAACUUGAGUGCCAUGAUGGGGACUUGAGACAACUAUCGGGUUAGGCGGCAGCUCAGCGGUGGUUUAGUGAACGAACGGGACACCUAAAUAUUGGACUUAGGUGCCUAACUGCCCCUCUAGAUGCCUACGUCCCCCUUGUGAAUCUAGCCGGAAAUGUGAAAAGUGCUGGGAUAGUCAAGGGUCUGCACUGCAGCUGGGCUGUGAUUCCCAGUCCGGGUAGCCAGACUUGGGCUAGUCUGCUAAAAGUAGCAGCGUGGACACUGCUGCUUGGGCUGCCACCCACGCUUGGACCCAACAAGGCGGGCUUGGGCUUGAGUGGCUAGUCUUAGCUGCUGCCUGGGCAGCAACGAGCCGAGUUAGUGCGUGUCUGGCUACGCUAGGGUGGCCACAGACGAAUUCCCAGCAUACCGGACGUUCCAGUACUUCUGGGUAUUGCGGGGAUCCCCCUCAUCUGGUGUGAUGGUGCGUGUGAGGUUGGGCCAGGUGGGGGAAUGUCAUUUUGAAGAGCAUGACCGUGCAUGCAUGGGAUGUGUGUGACGUCAGUGUGACAGUAUCUGAUUAAAAUAUGAACAUAUAGAGCAUUGUUGCAAACACUGUUAUAUAUUUGCA